ACCCUUCCUCUCGCUUGUUCUCAGUCUUGAGUGCUGUGCUCCAAUUUGCAAUGCCAGAGUUCCGUUGUUAACAAGGCAGUUCUUCCAUUUUGAACACUCUGAAAAGGAGUAAUCUCUCACCGUUUUCACCCUUCUUCCGUACUUUUAGGCGGCCGGUACCUUUUUUCCGCGCGCAGAUAUGCCGAACAUCGUGCUUUUUAGCGGGAGUUCUCACCACGACCUGUCCCAGAAAGUGGCCGAUCGCCUCGGACUGGACCUGGGAAAAGUAAUUACCAAAAAAUUCAGCAACCAAGAAACAUGUGUGGAAAUUGGGGAAAGUGUGCGCGGAGAGGAUGUUUACAUCAUACAAAGUGGCUGUGGUGAAAUUAAUGACAACCUAAUGGAGUUACUAAUCAUGAUCAAUGCCUGCAAGAUUGCCUCCUCAUCCCGGGUCACUGCAGUAAUCCCCUGCUUCCCGUACGCCCGCCAGGACAAGAAAGACAAGAGUCGAGCACCCAUAUCAGCCAAGCUGGUGGCAAACAUGCUGUCUGUGGCUGGAGCUGACCACAUUAUUACCAUGGACCUCCAUGCUUCACAAAUUCAGGGCUUUUUCGACAUCGCCGUGGACAACCUGUAUGCAGAGCCUGCUGUUCUCCAGUGGAUCAGAGAAAACAUUCCAGAGUGGAAAAACUGCAUCAUCGUGUCGCCAGAUGCUGGCGGAGCGAAAAGAGUAACAUCCAUUGCAGACCGUCUGAAUGUGGACUUUGCGCUCAUUCACAAAGAAAGGAAGAAAGCCAACGAAGUCGACCGCAUGGUACUGGUGGGUGACGUUAAAGAUCGAGUGGCCAUCUUGGUGGAUGACAUGGCCGACACCUGUGGCACAAUUUGCCACGCUGCAGACAAGCUGAUAGAUGCUGGAGCAGUAAAGGUCUACGCCAUCCUCACUCACGGAAUAUUUUCUGGCCCAGCUAUUUCUCGCAUCAACAACGCCCCGUUUGAGGCUGUGGUGGUCACCAAUACCAUCCCACAAGAUGAGAAGAUGAAAGCAUGCACAAAAAUUCAGGUUAUCGACAUUUCCAUGAUCCUGGCCGAGGCAAUCAGGAGAACCCACAAUGGAGAGUCAGUGUCCUAUCUCUUCAGCCACGUACCACUGUAAAGAACAGGAAGAGGAGACCUGUGGCCUCCUUGCCCCCGUGCCACAUUUCAUGGCAUGAGAACGCCUGAUGGUUUUGGCCUUUCCCACGUGACAUUUCAGAGUUCAUGCUGAAAAGUUGUCAUGUGACAAAGUAUCAAUAGCUGUUCUGAAGACCAAGUUUGUAUUUAUAAGAUUCUCCUUUUUUGCUGUCAUGUAUUUUUUUUUUCACAAUCAGUGUUUCCAGAGGCUUCAUUUUUAAACCCAACCGGCCUUUAUGUACGUGUUACUUGUACCUC